AUGGCUGAAAAUUUUAAACCAGUCAACGAAGAAGAUUCUGACAGUAAAAGUGACACACUAUCAAGCAUAACCCAAAAACAAUUAGAAGAACUUUUAGAUGGAGAAUUUAAAAAUUCUGAUUUUGAAAUAAAUUCAAAGGAAAAAAAACAUUUUUCAUUUUGGAAAUGGUUUAAAAAGAAUAAAAAUGUAUCAGGAAAUUCAUCGAAAAAUUUAAAAGAAUCCUCAGCUCCGGCAUUUUUUUUAUUCGACAAAAAAAAAGAUUCGAGCACGGAAAGUUUAGAUACCAUAUUUAGUACUCAAACAGUAAGAAGUUUUGCUUAUAUACCUUCAAUUAACUAUCAACCUUCGGCUCCGCCAUCAACUUUAUUAGAUUUGGAAAGAGAUGAAAAUUUUUAUACGAAUUUUCUCAAUGAUGAAAAUUCAUCAGCCAACGUAGAGACAAACAAAGAAAAGAAAAAAAAACGUAAAGCUCCAGGUCCACCUCGUUUGAAUCGUGAAAAUAGUUUGCCAACAACAUUAGAACGUGAAAGCAAAUACGAAGAUGAAAAAAAUGAUGUUCAAACGUAUCGAAGACGAACAUUAAGUGAUUCUUGUAAGGAUAAAAAAGGAGAUACCUACAGCCACGUUCAAGGAAAAAGAAAAGCACCAUUACCACCUUCGGUUAAUUAUUCAUUAUAUCCAAAUUUACAAAAAGUCAAUCCAGAGAAUCAAAAUUAUAAUAAAAAGAAAAAACCAGCUCCUCCUCCACCUUCAGAAAAAAAAAAUCAUAGUAAAAAUACAACAACAAAGACAAAAACUAACCAAAUUGAUGAUGAUGGUAAAGACGAGAAAAAAAACGACAGGACAACAGCGAAUCCUUCAAAUGUUCAUCAACCAAAUAAAACUGAUUUAAGAAAAGAUGAAGAUUUAUCAACGUCUCCACUUUCAUUACGUUCUUGGUAUAAAAGAAAUCCAAAAGAUUUAAAUAAAGGAAGUGAAAAAAACAAAAAUAAAAAUUCAGAGAAAGGAAUUUUCGAAUCUGGGAAAAAUGGUCAAAUCACCGAUAAAAGACUCGGAAAAUGA